UCUGUGGCGUUAUUCCUGACCGGGACGCUUUCUCAGUUUAACGAGUUGAACGGUAUCGAACUCCCGGAUCACCGGAAACAUGUCGCACACCGUCAUCACCACGACAACCACCACCAGGACUUCCGGUGACAGCGUCUUCAACGCGGGCUACACCCGGACCAUCCCGGGUCUGCUGAAGAUGGGACAGAUGCUCGCUCUGCUCAUCACCUUCCUGUGUGUGCGCUGUGUCCGGGGUUGGCCCAGCUGGGCGGCGUUCCAGUUCUUCGAGGUGGUGACGCUGUGGUUCCUCGUCGCCCUCCUCAUCUUCUUCCUCAUGCACCUGUUCAGGCUGCAGGCCAAGAUGCCGUGCAUCAACUGGCCUCUGACGGAGUUCUUCCAUUACUCCGUCGGCACCGUCCUCAUCCUCAUCGCCUCCAUCGUGGCCGCGGUGAACAGUGGGUCCGUGUCUGCGCUGGUGGUCGCAUCGGUGUUUGGCUUCAUAGCGACGUUCCUGAUGGCCGUGAGUCUGUGGACGUCCUACAGCGUGACCUGUGGUCCUCAUCCCACAGGUUCAACUGUGUAAACAUCGUCUCCGAGGAAACCGAGACCUGGAUCGUUCACCGGAUCAGAACUCAGAGGAACCG